AUAAUAUUUGGAUACCCGAACCCGAUUGGCAGCUCCAGUCAGAAUCCUCCACAACUCCAGUUCGAAACUUUUUUCGGAGUCCCCGUGAAUGACAGCGUUUUAGGUAAUUGAGGAUCGGUGUUGGAUCAUAUACGGGAGCUUUAGGCUCAAACUACGGAAGCAAGUAAAACUAGAACCUAAGCCGAAGCAGCUGGGGUGAAUGUAUCGAGCCUGGGCAGGUGGGGAGUCUUUCUAGUCAAUGAUUCAUGAAUGUGGCCAAUUCCAGCCUCUGUCCACAACCUUGACGUCCUUACUUUCAUCCGCUGCUCCCGGCCCCAAAGCAAUCAGUGUAACACGAUGGCAGACUCUGUUAUACAACUCCGCCAAUGCCAAAUGUAUACGAACCACCAAACAACUCCACGCUUAUACCAUCACCUCUGGCCUCCUUUUAUCCCCCAAGUCCACACAUCUGCUCUCGCUUCUUGCAUCAGCGUAUGCGGUCGGUGGCCAAAUUGUAGUUGCCCGUUACCUGUUCGAUAAAUCGCCUGAUAGGACAUUCUUCUCGUAUAAGACCAUGAUAAGAAUGUGUGCUGAAGAUGGGUCUUCGCAUAAGGCUCUAAAACUCUUCGCUGAGAUGCUUGAAUCGGGUCGUUACAAACCUGAUAAUUAUACCUUUCCUUUUGUCAUUAGGGCCUGUGGUGAUUCUUUACUGCCUCAAUUGGGUACUGCUGUUCAUGGUUUAGCUCUUGUAAGUGGCUAUGGUUCGGAUACAUUUACUGCGAAUUGUCUGUUGGCAAUGUACAUGAAUGUUGGAGAUAGAGAGGGGGCGAAGCGGGUUUUUGAUACUAUGGGAGAGCCUACUAUUGUCUCGUGGAACACUAUGACCAGUGGUUAUUUUCGAAAUGACAGUGCCAAAGAAGCUUUGAUGUUGUUUCGGAAAAUGGUGGACAGUGGGGUGGAAGCUGAUGCUGCAACAGUUGUUUCUGUUUUGCCUGCUUGUGGGUUUUUGAAGGAUUUGGAAUUGGGGAGAGAGGUGCAUUUGCUGGUGGAAAAGAAGGGUUUAGGGAAGAAGGUGUCGGUGAGGAAUGCCCUGGUGGAUAUGUAUGUUAAGUGUGGUAAAAUGGACGAGGCACGAAGUGUGUUUGAUAAGAUUAUUGAGAAAGAUGUGGUGACUUGGACAACUAUGAUUCAUGGGUACUCCUUGAAUGGUGAUGUUAGAAGUGCUUUAGGAUUGUGUCAACUUAUGCAGUUCGAAGGUGUAAAACCUAAUGCAGUUACUCUGGCUUCUCUUCUUGCAUCUUGUGCCAAUUUGCCUAACUUGAAGUUAGGUAAAUGUUUGCACGGUUGGGCAUUAAGGCAGAGAAUUGAAUCUGAUGUAAACGUUGAAACUGCACUUAUUGACCUGUAUGCAAAAUGCAAAUGUAUGAGACUUAGCUUCAAGGUGUUCUUUAAGACUUCUAAAACAAGAACUGUACCUUGGAAUGCGAUUCUUUCAGGGUGCAUUUAUAAUAUGCUUGGGGAAGAAGCAAUAGAGCUUUUCAGAGAAAUGCUUCUGGAAGGAGUGAAACCCAAUGACGCAACCUUCAAGAGCCUCCUUCCAGCAUUUGCAGUUCAAGCAGAUAUGCAGCAAGCAAUGAGUUUACACAGUUACCUCAUAAGAUCAGGCUUUAUCUUGAGAACUGAAAUUGCAACUGGCUUGGUUGACAUUUAUUGCAAGUGUGGGAAUUUGAAAUCUGGUCACAGGGUCUUUAGUGGGGUCCCCUUGAAGAAAAGAGACAUUGUUCUCUGGAGUGCACUUAUAGCAGGUUACGGCACUCAUGGGCAUGGUGAAAUUGCUCUUUCUCUCUUUUAUGAUAUGGUGCAGUCUGGGAUUAGACCUAAUGAAGUCACUUUUACUUCUGUUUUGCAUGCAUGUAGCCAUGCAGGUAUGGUGGAUGAUGGUUUGAGUUUAUUUAAUUUCAUUUAUGGAAGUUUCCCUUUGUGUCUUCGUACCAAUCACUACACCUGCAUGGUUGAUCUUCUUGGUCGUGCGGGUCGACUUGAAGAAGCUCAUGAAUUGAUUAAAAGUAUGCCUUUCCAACCGAGUCCUACUGUGUGGGGUGCUUUGCUUGGUGCCUGUGCGAUACAUGAAAAUGUUGAACUGGGAGAGGAGGCUGCUAAAUGGCUGUUUGCAUUGGAACCAGAGAACACGGGAAACUAUGUACUGAUGGGGAAUAUUUAUGCUGCUCUUGGAAGGUGGAAAGAUGCAGAGAAUGUGAGACAUAGGAUGAAUGAAGUAGGGUUACUCAAAUCGCCAGCUCACAGUGUAAUUGAGGUAAGGAAACCUGUGUAGUGUCAUUUGCUGUUAGAUGCUUGGCUUAAAAAAGUUGCAAGGCUGCCACAUCUUCAAUGUUUGAUGUGCCAACUGUUGAUUUCAAAUUCUUGGCACAUUGAAUGAAUAUAACAUUAGAUGAUGAAGCAUUUGUUGUUCUAUGAGAGAUUACAUCGUUUUUCUUCGAGGCGUACGCAAAGGUAUUACUAUAUACUAGCUAGUCAUGCUGUUGUGCUUUGCUGAUGAAUGAAAUUAAUCCACCUUAAGCAGUCUAAUAAGGACCAUUUCCCUGGUGAGCUUGUGCGAAAUUAUUUCCAAGAUGUUUGGCAUUUUACAAGGCAAGCCAGAUACCCUGACAAACUGGUUCCUUAUUUGAUUUAAAUGAGAGAGAUUUUGGGACAGUUAUAGUCGUUAAGUUGGUCUUUUCAGGGCUGGCUUAUUUAGAAAGAUUGAAAGAGAUGUACGUUGUCUACUUGACACCAAAGUUUACCGCAAAAAUGGGUGCUAGACAAGCCAUUGACUAAUUUUUUCUCAGUCCGGAAAAAUUGUGGCUGUGUUUGGUUCGAUUGUUUUUGGCAAAAACUGUGGCUGUAGUCAAAAUACAAUUUCAGUCAACCAACUUUUUUUUAAAUGCUACAGUCCCGGUCCUGGUACACGGCGCCGUUUAGGAGCCAAAAUGACAAAACAAGUUUUGAGGUGUAUUGUCCUUUCGUUCCUCCUCGUUAUUUUCUGAGUUAAACUGUAUCGAGCAACUACGAGGCUCCUCUUCACUUUCCUCUUCUAAGCAGCAUCAACAGUAGAGCAGACACUUGAAUGUUCAAAUCACCGGUUCUACCCCAGCUGAUCUGCUUGUAAUGCUGCUGUCAUCGUCGCCGCAAGUGAACAGUUAGCUGGUCCCUCCACAAUUUGCAACUUAUCUGCAGCAUAACAUCGGGAGAAGGAAGCUGAACCUCCGCUGCACCUCGGACAGGGGAGGUAGUGGAAUUGCCCAGAAAAUCAUUCGAAGCUGCUUGCUGGAGAGCUUUCUUCCCUUAUUUCCAAGUCGCGGCCAAGGAGUCUCACCGCCGUUGCUCAUCUGUUGCUUCGUCGAGGUGAGUUUGUACUGUUGAGCUAAUUGGGGCCUUAAUUCGUACGAAUUAGGGCUACAGUAAUUAAUGAAUGUGGUUGCUGUUUAAUCCUAUUCUCUGAAAAAUCAGCGGGCGAUAGUAUAUGGUAGAGACAGAGGAUCAAUUAAGAAAAUGUGGAUUUGCCUUGUUUGGACUGACAUUCAUGCUUCUUCACUUAACUUCUUUAUAUUGUGCGGCAUUCCAUUUUUCAUUAUUGGCUUGUUUUGGUUCGCCAUCUCAUCUUAGCAACUCACAAUUGGAGCUUCACCGUUAUCUUGCCUUCGUGAUAAUUCCCGCAUGUGUCCAGAGUAUGCUAAAUUAAUUGUUAGCAAGAGGGAAAUGGUACACAGUGGCACCAUAUUAGCUGAUAAACGUGCUUGGCUGCUUUAAAUUGUUCGGCAUGCAUAGGAGAGUUUUUUUUAAUAAGCUCAUGGUAUACGUGUACCCUGUUAAUGGGAAGAAUAUUGAUACUAUGAAGUGGAUUAGAUGUUUGAUCGAUUGCUGUUGUUGUCGGCUGAAAUUGAUCAGUUUUUCUGCCACAUGAAUCUGUAGGUGGGGUGUUGUAUCUACAUUUACAUUUCGGAUAAGGAAUUUGAUUAAUUGGUUGUACUUAUUAAGCACCAGUGCUAUUUUCCUUGGACUAUUGCAAUUCGAUUACUGAAAUAUUCGUCCCUAGCGUCAUGUGACUGGCAUGCAUUUAUUUGGUCGUUGCUGUUGGGUUUGAUCUUAUUGGAUGUUCUUGUGAUCGGACUUGAGGCAAUGCCAUUCUGGUACCUGCAAUUUUAUUAGUUGGCACGUGGUAUAUUUUAAUUUGUCCUACCGUGAUUGUUUAUAAUUUAUGCAUUGAAGCUGCUGUUGCGUUUUUCAAUGAAUGACAACCUGUAGAGAGGGGUAUAUUUUUCUGCUUUAAGUGUGAUGCUGUUUUGGUCCUAUGUAUAUGAUUCGUUGCAUAUUAUAAUCUGAUAUGAACUUCGCUAAAUGGGUUGAACUGUUAUUUUAGCUUCACACAUAAAAUUGGAUGAUAGUUCAUAUACAGUUUAUGCGUUUGGCCUGCUAAUAGCAUUUUAGUGGUACCUUGUACAUAUUUUUAGGAUUGUGAUGCCCCCUGUGACUCGGAGUGCUUCGAAGGGUAAGGCCCAACUAUUGUGACAAUUAAUUAUUAAAAAUUCUGAUCAGAAACAGCUGUAGUGCUCGGCUUUUAACAUCCUUAUUUACAGCUUUGCAAACGACUAGGGGUGCUAACCGUUGUUCUUUAUAUUCGGGUACGGGAGAAAACGAUUUGCGUCUUUGUAUAACAAACUACUUCAAGAAAACAAAGAUGCCCAAACCAAAAGCUCCUAAGGAACGUAUCAAUUUCACGCCGAAGAUGGAAACUGCCAUUGCUGAACAGCUUCUGAACAUGCAUAGGAAUGGGGAAAUAUCAUCACAGACCAUCGGGAGCCACGUUGUCCCUCAGAUUACUAGGAUGCUCGCUGAGACUUUCGGGGUUUCAUUCCCCCGCGAUACUAUUCGGUCGAAGUACUAUGCGCUUCAGAACUUAACUAGGCUUUACAUUUCGUUCAAGAAGCGUGGCACUGGUAUGGGCUGGGACUCAACCAACUUCACCUUCAUGAUGGAUGAUGAGCGAUGGAGUCAUCUACUUCAGGUCAACCAGGGAUACAAUAGAUUUAGGAACCGGUGUUGUCUGGUCUUCCAUUUGCUUGAAGAAGUCUUCAUGAAUCAGGGGGCUACUGGGGAUUUUAGCGCCGGCUUUGGAGUAUCGCCCCUGAAUUCGGGCGAUGAAUUGGAAAUGGAACACGCUGCGAACAGAGGUAGGGGCAAGGGGGUUGUGGAUGUCGAUUCAUCAGAUGGAGGAGAUGCCGUUCCUGUGACUCGGAAAGGGAAAGAGAAGGUUAAGAAGGGCAAAGGAAAGCGCAAAUCGGGGGACAUGUCAACUGAGUCAUUCUUCCAACCGUCCUCCCCCCAAUUCCAGAAAUACGUUCGGGUUUUAGACAGCAUCGAGACACGAUUGAGCGGUAAAGGGAGCUCUGGGAUCUCCGGUUCGGUCUCUUCUCCUGCUAAGAGCCAAAAGGCUCCAGUUGAUGAAGACGAGGAGCUGGUGGCUGCUUUGGCCACUUUGAGCAGUCUGAAUUUGGACCGAAGUGUGCGCUUCCAGAUGGCUGAUCUGCUAAGGAAUCGGCAUGAGCGUCUCAUUUGGUUCUUAUGCGCGGACGACGAGGACCGCCUUGCCUUUGUCAGACAUCGAGGCUUCCUCCCCCCCCCUUAGCAUCUCGUUCAAUCCAGCCCGAAACUAUUGCAGCAGCCUUCGUCUUAGUUUUUCCCAUGGCUUAAAUGGAUUUGAUCUAUUCGUUUGGAUUUAUGUACUUGGAGUUGACAUUGGCCUGUGUUAUUCAUUUCUUUACUGUACCGUGGACCCAAUUCAGUUUUUUUUUUUUUUCUUCUGAGAUAAAGUUGAGGUUACAAAAAUUUCGGAUAAUUUAUUUGGUUGCGUUUAUAAAUGUUGGUUGAAUUGUUUACUAUAUAUUAUUUGUUGGGAAUGGUGCAAGGAUUUU